AGUCAAAACAAAUACAACAUUACUUUUAAUUGGUAGAUAGUAGAGACCCAGUUUAUCAUUCAUUGCGUUGCACAUUGUAUUUUCAGUUUGUAUGUUAAAUUUUUAAUAGUUUUAUGACUGAAAAAAACUGAAAGAUGCCUGAGCUGGAAAUUAAACGAAAAGCUGAUGAAUACUCCGUUGUUCCUGCUAAAAAGACUCGCCAUGAAAUUUCAGUGGCCGGCACACGCGAAAAGGCUGUGGUUACAGCAACAGUUCCACGUACAUCUAAUCUAUAUGCUCCAAUAAUGUUGUUAGAAGGGCACCAAGGAGAAAUAUUUACAGGCAAAUUUCAUCCUGAAGGAAAACAUUUGGCUUCUGCUGGAUUUGACAGGCAAAUCUUGUUGUGGAAUGUUUAUGGCCAAUGUGAGAAUGUGAUGGUAAUGAAAGGUCACACUGGUGCCAUAAUGGAGCUGUGCUUCUCUACUGAUGGGUCCCACAUGUACACCUGCGCUACAGACAAUACUGUGGCGGUCUGGGAUGUGCCCACUGGAACCAGAGUCAAAAAACUAAAGGGACAUUCAUCUUUUGUCAACUCUGUAUCAGGAGCUAGAAGGGGACCUGAGCUACUUGUGUCUGGCUCAGAUGACAACACAAUAAAGUUAUGGGAUGCAAGAAAACGUAAUCCGAUUGCAUCAUUGGAUAGUACCUAUCCCGUGACGUCAGUCCUUUUCAAUGACACUGCUGAAAGGAUAAUAUCGGCAGGAAUCGAUAAUAUAAUCAAAGUAUGGGAUAUAAGGAACAGUAAAAUUGCUUAUAAAAUUAAAGGGCAUACAGACACAGUUACUGGUAUGGCUCUCUCCUACGACGGAUCGUACCUGUUAACAAACUCAAUGGACAAUACAUUGCGGAUAUGGGAUGUGCGAGCAUUUGCCCCGUCGGAGCGUUGCGUCAAACUGAUGACUGGACACCAACAUAAUUUUGAGAAGAACCUGCUUAGGUGUUCCUGGUCACCAGAUGGUUCAAAGGUGGCAGCGGGCUCAUCAGACCGCUAUCUCUACAUCUGGGACACCACUUCCCGCAGGGUGCUGUACAAGCUGCCCGGACACAACGGAUCUGUCAACGAUGUGGACUUCCACCGUAACGAACCCAUCGUUCUCUCGGCCUCCAGCGAUAAACAAAUAUACUUGGGUGAAAUUGAUAGUUAGGAUAAAAACAUUGAAUAGAUUGCGAAUAAUAUUGUGUGAAGCUACAAAUGAUGAACAAAUAGACAAUUUGUGGGUUCAUUUAAAAUAAGUUUAACAUUCAAACCUCUUGAUCACUAUCUAUAUAACCAUCGUAACUCUUACAUAACUCGCAAUUGAAAAUAGCAUGUCAAAUGUCUAAGGGACUACGCGCACUUAUUCAGCUCCAUUCGCGUUUCGCUGAACGAUUUUGGUCACACUUAUACAGCUCUGCUUCUGUCAGCCGCGUACGGCGUUGUAAGAAUGAGAAUAAUCUUUAAAUCACGUCUGCACUCUUUAGUCUUUGCGUGCAUAAUGAUUACGUCAAAUCAAUGCAGGAACAAUACAGGUCGCAACUUGUCGACAAGGAGUCGCGAACCAUCCCUGUAAAGAGCUGUUCCGCCGCAUUCGACGGCGAACAGCGCUGUACGCGGCGGAACACCGCCGACCGCUCUCUAUAGCAUUCGCAUAAUAAAAACACAUUAAUCCUCAUUUUAUGCUGGUUUGCCGCGAAAGCAGAAUGGACGCGGAAAGCUGAAUCGACGCGUACACGUCUUCAUACAAAAUUGUUGUUUUCUAUGGACAAAAGCUGAAAAGAGCUGAAUAAGUGCGCGUAGCAUACCUACUUUGUUUAUCGAAGAUACGUGCUGCGAAAUAUAUCGGCAUAAAGCUACUUCAGUAUGGUUUUCUGUAAGUGUAUUUUAAAUUGUUGGCUCACUAUUACAAGGUUCUAUAUUAAUUUAAGUGAAGUGAAGCAAUUACACUUUGUAAAAUAUUGGGCUUAAAUAUAAUACUUACUAGAAAAGAAAAUAACUGUUUGUUUUUU